AUGGAGAGGGCCCCCGCCUCGACGGAGCAGGCGUGCAUGCUGUGUCGCUGGGCAGAGGCUGACCCGGACAUCUGUGGGCGCAAACUGGAGAAGGAAGGGCUCUGUGCCCACGUGUUUUGCCUGUUUUUCGCCAACGAGCUUUACCAGCAACGGCUCAAGGAAUUAGGACUCAUGGGAUUUCUCCCUGAGGAUAUUCGACGCACCAUCCAGCGGGCAGCGCGGAAGGACUGCUUCGUCUGUGGCGAGAAUGGGGCCGCCAUCACCUGCCACGAGACAGACUGCGACCGCAGCUUCCAUCUCCCCUGUGCCGUGGAGGGUGGAUGCGUCACCCAAUUCCUUCCUCAGUACAGGUCCUUCUGCUGGGAGCACCGCCCAGAGCAGGCAGUGGAGGCGGCUCCGGAGGAGAACACCACCUGCCUCAUCUGCCUGGACCCUGUGGGGGACAGAAAGUCCUUCGGCACCAUGGUGUGCCCAGCGUGCAAACACGCCUGGUUCCACAGGGGCUGCAUCCAGGUAGGAGCCCUUCCCUUGGCCCCGGGCCACGGCAGGCGCUCAGCAGCACCAGGGCCACUCGUGCUCCUUAUGUUUCUCCUGCAGGGACAGGCUGCGCGCGCUGGCAUUUCUUGCUUCCAGUGCCCGCUCUGUAGAGAUAAGGAAGAGUUUCUCCUGGAAAUGCUCACCAUGGGGAUCCGAAUCCCCUUCAGGCUGCCAUCAUGGGAGAACAGCCAUGGAUAUGCAGCACUAUAUGAGAGGCACGGCCGCUGCGAUGCCAGCGAGUGCCUUUGUCCAGGAGGCAGGGAGCAGGCAGAGGAAGAGGGGCCCUGGCAACUGCUCCUGUGCUGCUCCUGUGCUGCCGAGGGCACCCACAGACGCUGUGCCUACUCGGGGAACAGCACGGCCAGCUGGGAGUGCAACAGCUGUGCUGGCCUGGGCACCGACUCCAGUACCGCCUCGGAGCUCGCCGGCCCCAGCACUGCCAGCCAGUCAGGAUCGGGGCCUUCCCACGACUCUCCGGCACCCGAGACCAGCAGCCCCAGCACCAGCAGCCAGGCGGCAUCGGGGCAAUCUCUCGCAUCUGUGGUGCCCGAGAUCAGCAGCCCCAGCACCGCCAGCCAGGCGCCAUCGGGGUCCUCCUGCGGCUCCCCGCCACUUCAGGACAGCCUCCGCUCCAGCCCCCCUGGGCCCGAGCGGGUGCGAGAAUGCUCCCGCUUGCAACGUCGGGCCCAAACACCAUACAGCCGGCCCAGCAGACACGGUGGCAGGAGCCGUGCGCCAGCACCGAGUGCUGAGAGCAGCACUCCCAGCCAGGCGGUGCUGGGGCUGUCCCACAGCUCGCUGGUACCAGAGACCAGCAGCCCCAGCACCAGCAGCCACGAAGCGUCGGGGUCCUCCUGCGGCUCCCCAGCACUGGACACCAGCAGCUCCAGCGCCGGUAGCCACGCAGCACUCAGGCCGUCCCAUGGCUCCCUGGCACCAGAGACCAGCAGCCCCGGCAGCGCGGCACCAGGGCCAUCCCACGGCUCCCCAGUGCUUGAGGGCAGCAGCCGCUCCAGCCCACCUGGGCCCAAGCGGGUGCGAGACCGCUCCCGCUUGCGACGUCGGGCCCAAACUCCCUACAGCUGGCCCAGAAGACGCCCUGAGAGCAGCCGCGCCCCAGCACCAAGCGCUGAGAGCAGGAGCCCCCGCCAGGCUGCGCUGGGGCCGUCCCACGGCUCCCCGGCACCCGACAUCGGCAGCCCCAGCACCGCCAACCUGGAUUCUCCAAUGCUGGAUUUCGCAUUCCUCUUUUCCUACUCCGGUGGCGCCUGA